AUGAAAAUAUACAUACAGUCUCCUGUCUUUCAGAGAUUCAUACUCAAUAAUUAAUGCCAAAAGAAUAAACUCCAAAUGCCCAAAUCCUCAGACAAAAUUGAGAAACCCUCACCCAUGUCCAGAUCUCUCACAAUUAAAUAGUAUUAAUUUCAAGCCAAAUCGUAGAAGAAGGCAAACUCAAAACACCAUAGAACCAAGAGGAUUGUCUUUGUCCAUCUCGAGGGAAACCCAAAGAAACUUUUUCAAGGAAUCUAUUCAAAAUAGAGUAGUAGCUCCAGAUCAAUUUCAAAGCAUGAUCAAAGAAAUAUAAGUUGGAAACUCAAUGCAAGUCAUUAAUAAAUUGGAAUAGGGUCCAUUCACCAAAAAAUCCUAUUUGAUAUUAGGGAUCGCGCACAAGCAACUCAAUCAAUUCGAUAAAGCAAGAAGUUGGGUAAUUAGUGAUCUUUAUCAAAGUUCAACAAAUGCUUAUCCGAAUACCCCAAUUAUUUGGAUGGGUACAUUCAAUCUGCAGUUUUAGAAUUCAAGGCCCAAAAAUACCAUGAUUCUCUCAAAUUGAUAGAACAAGCCUUGCUUUAUAGUCCAAAUGAUAAGCAGGCACUCCAAUAUAAAGCAAGAUGUCACUCUGCUCUAAAAUAACAUUAAAAGGCCUUAGAAAUAUACGAAAAACUCAACAACACUGACUUUUUAGGCAGAUCACGUCAUUGUCUAUCAUUAAUUAAGUGUAAUUAAUUUGACCAAGCACUUAUUAAAAUUGACACGAUCUUACAGCAAGACUGUGAAAAUGCAGAUGCUUUGUUACUAAAAGGAAUAAUUUACUUUAAAAAAAGUAACUCCUUAUAAUAAUAAUAUUUAUUAGAAAAUUUUAUAGAGUCUUAGAUUUACAUUGAACAAGCGAUUCAGAUAUCAACAUCACAUUAAUUAAGUGCCAAGGCUAUUUCCUACAUUGUAAAGUCUAAAAUAUGUCUCAUGGACUUUUAUGAGGCUUAGCUACACCUCUCCAGAGCAGAUCAAUUGAAAAAGAAUUUUAAAUGCAUCUCUAAAUUGAAACCGUUUGUCAAUGGAACAGUCAAGUUGAUGAAACGAUAAUAUGCUUAGGGACUUCAAAUGAUUAAGGAAUUGAAACCCAUUAGCAAAUUUCUAUAACUAAUUUACUAUAAAUUCUUAGCUUAUGCCUAAUUUUGCACUUCUGAUUAUGCAUCGGCUCUAAAGUCUUAUGAAUCGAUCAAUUAGAUAGAGAGAGGCUAAAUGUACAAUAAAUAUUUGGCUGAAGCUCUUGUUUUAAUAUAGAAAUGUAAAUUAUAUGAAAAUAAUCAGGUUAGUAUGAACCUUCCGUUAGGUUAUUGGACAAAGCUAUUGAAAUAUUUCCAAAUAAACUAGAACCUUAUUAUUAUAAAUGUUCAAUUUGUUUACUUAAUAAACUAUUUGAUGGAGUAUAAGAAUGUGAAUAGCUGCUAGAUUUAGCCUUUUCUAAAUAGGGGAAGUAGCCCAACAUCUUUUUUGCGAGGGCUUUAAUGAAAUCUUAUAAGCGAAGAUACACUUCAGCGUUGAAGGAUAUUGAAAAGGCAAUUGACAAAAGCGAGGAUAGUAUAAGCGAUCACUUUUACAUAAGGGGCAUCUUGCAUGCUUAAAGUAUGAGAUUGAAAGAGGCUAUUAAGGAUUUUACAACUGCAAUACAUUUCAACAAGGAGCAUUCAGAAUCAUAUUUGGAAAGAGCUAAAUGUUAUUAAAUAAAAGGAGAGUAAUUAAACAUAUCAUUUUUAGUACAGCACAGAGUUUUGGUGACAUGAAUAAAUAUAUUAAGUACAAUAAUUCAGAUGAGAUACAUUAUUGGAGUGGGAGUUUAUUAUUUCAUAAUAAUGCUUAUGAAGAAGCUCUAAAAGCAUUUAAUGAUGCAAAAUAAACAAAUUAAAUUCUAAUCUUGAAAUUAAAGUGCGAAAUUAAAUUGUAGUAAAUUGAUAAAGCAUGCAUUAUAUCUAAUUAAAUAACAUAACAAAAUGUUAGAGAACCUAAAUACAAAUUAGAUUCCUAGAUGCUGACAUAUAUAAAGUAGAUUUUGGAUACUACACAGAAUAAAAAAAGUUGUGAUGCAGUGCAGUUUCCUAAUGUAGAUUAAAAGGAUGUGGGUUUAAUAUUUUAGACUUAAGAUGUUCUCUUGUUCAAAGCAUCAAGUAUGAUCUAUUAGCGCAGAUAUAAUGAGGCAAUAAUGAUUCUUUAGUAAUUGGAACAAUAUUGGUUGAAUUCUCAAAAAGAUAGAUUGAACAGUAUUUCAAGUCAUUAGGAUGCUGAUUCAGAGAAGAGUGAAAACCUAUCUAAUGAAAUGGUAUUGAAAUCAGAAAGAAUAGUUUAACAUAUAAUAGGUAUAAAAUACAAUAUGGCCAUCAUAUAUUUAUUGGUAAUGAUUUGAUGCUAUGAAAAUAGAUAUAAUAAUCGACAAAUGCUAAAAUGAAAGUGGAAGAAAUUAGAGAUUAAGUGGGCAAUGUAGUUUCAGAUGAGUUAGAUUAUUUAAAAUUGUUGAUUUAAAACUAGAUAGAUAAAAAAUCUACUCCUGCUUUUUGUAAGCCUAUCUUAACCUUUUUGAUGAAUGAGAAAAGUCUUUUCAAUGGAUUUCCAACAAUAAAAAUACAAAUGCAUGGUUCAGGUGUUUUUGAAUGCAAAUUAUCACUUAACUUUCCAGAUAUCCAACCUCCAAAUAUUUGUCCAGAAUUCAAGAAAGAAUUUUUGUUAAUGAUAAAAGUAAUUGCAUUUAUUUAACUAUCAGCCUAAUCUCAUAGAAAAUAAGCCUGAAGCACCUUGGCUUUAGAGGACAUCAUAAUAAAUACUGAUUUUAACUCAGAAUCAGUUGAACGAUGAUUUAGAUCUAACUACUGAUGAUGAAGAGGAAUCUAAUGAGAAAAGAAGAAAGACGAGAUAAGUUUAAAAUUUGGAGAUCGAUGAGAAUGUCUAAAAACGCUUGGAUUAAUUGAUAAAGAAAUUAUGA